AUGCCGUCGGGGACUUUGAGGACCAAGGAAAACCACGGCGCCAUUCCACUUUAUUCUCCCCCCUAUCCUUCGGGGGUGGACGAGUUUUCCGACAUUGAGUGCCUCUAUGUUCAAUAUCAGACCAAGUAUGACAACGUCAAGGACCUUGUUCCCGAGGAGUUGGAACUGGCGCAAGAACCACUCGUCACACUGGCGCUGUACAAGUACGGCAUGAGCCCGAUCGGCGCGUACAACGAGUUCGUGGCGACGGUGGAGGUGGAAUACCGAGGAGUCAAAUACCCGUACACUCUCGAGCUCAUCCUCAACAACCAGGCGGCCAUUUUCUCGGGACGGGAAAAGUACGGCAUUCCCAAGGUGUUGGGGAAGGUGGUGUGGGAUCCGUCGGCCAUGGUCGCCCAACCUUCAGGAUUCAUCUCUGGCCACGUCGAGAGACCGGAGGGGAGCAAGCUCGCCGAGCUCGGCUUCAAACCGCUGAGAAAGGUGCAGAAGCUGGGCCCGCUCCGGUCGCCUCCUCGCGCCAGCUUGCAUCUGCGCUCCAUUCCGAGCUGCAAUCCAGGCCAGCCGCCAGCGUUGCGGGAGUUCGUCCCUGCCGUCUUCGAAGUCCUUGAAGGAGAGGUGUGGACGGGUGAGCCGUCGGUGGGCUUGUUCAACGUCUCGGCCUUCGACCCUAUCCACAAGCUCGAGGUGCUGCGCUACGUCGGCGCAACCAUGAUCCGUCAUGCCUCCGCUAUCCUUCAUCCGGUCAAGGAAACGUUCCCACUAUAA